CUUUUUCUGUUUUUUUUUUGUUUUUUGUUUUUUUAAUUAAUAAACGCUUCUCCUUCUGUUCGUAACAGUCGCAUUCAGGUGGCGCCACCUUCUCACCUCCAACCACCACCUUAAUUCCGGUUGUUACAGGAAAGAAACGAAUACCAUAUACAUCCAACAACAUCAUCAAAUUAACACCACCACUUAAUCAUGGGUUUCUUUCGUAAUCUCUGGGACGAAGCCCUCGCCGGCCCUACCCCUGAUUCCGGCAUCCACAAGCUUCGCAGGUAUAACUCUCUCCUUUCACCUUCUAAUAAUCCUCCCACCGGAAUCCCUCCACCGGACCACAAUACCCCCAUCUCCCGUACCAUCACUAUUCUCCGAACCAACAGUCUUUCCAGUUCCGCUUCUACCCCAUCUUCUCCGGCUGGAUCCAGUGCUGCUGGUUCCCCUUUCUCAGCAACAUCCCCUGGCGUGGAUUUCAAGAAAUUGACACGGAGGAAAUCUACCGCCGACGCCGUGAACCGCAGGGGGUCCAAAAGUCCUACUGGUUACGAUUGGAUCGUUCUGACUUCUCUGGAUCGUUGAAUAUUCAAGAGCCAAUCAGACGACCAAUUAAGGAUUCUCAGAGUAACAUCUUUUGUAUAAAUAUAACCACCUCUGUGCAAAUCCCAUAUAUGUAUGUUUAAUAUCGCAGCCCAUGAUAUAUAAAAAUAUGUAUAAGCGAUGUGGCGUAACCUAUAUAUAUAUAUAAUUUACUAGUAUUUAAUAAGAUGAGAUGCUUCUGUAGUCGCAGAUCAAUGGAGCCAUUACUGCAUGCCUCAAGUUUCAGGAAGAGGAAAACCACAACUGCGAGCUGCUCCUUUUUGAUCUUUGUAUAUAUGGAUUUCUUUCUUUCUUUCUUCUUUUACUUUCCUGUUUUUCUUAUUAGUCUCUGUAAAUAUGAAUCAUAUGGUUGAUCCAUCCGGUUCUUAUUCCUGACAUGGUUACUGGUUCUUGUAAAUUGAAAUGACAUGAAUGAAGCUCCCAUCGUUGUAUUAUA